AUGCAAAGGUCAAACCAGGAAUACAGUGAUUUCAAACCAUGUUUUCUGUUCCUUGCCAGAGGUGAAUGCAUCUCCGAAGGUGGGAUUUCCUGGAUCGUUGAAGCUCCCAUCUAUUUUUGCUACAAAGUGGUAGAAACAUACAACAUCCUGGAACCCUCUAACACCACUCUGCUCUGGGGCCACAUCACUGACCCCCAGCAGACAGAGCUGGGCACGGCCAGCAAGAGGAAACUGCGGCGCUUCAUCGUCAUAGACGAAGUCGUCGACAAACUUUACGGCUCCAAAGUCAGAGAAUACUUCGAGCAGAACAACGUCCAGCACAAAAUCCUCGCCCUGCCGACCACUGAGGAGACAAAAUCCAUGGACUUGGUGCUGAACAUCUUGCACGAGGUCCAGAGCUUCAGCCUGGACCGGCGGACGGAGCCCAUCAUCGCCAUCGGCGGGGGCGUGUGCCUGGACAUCGUCGGCCUCGCUGCGUCGCUCUACAGGAGACGCACCCCCUACAUUCGGGUCCCCACCACCCUCCUCUCCUACGUGGAUGCCAGCGUGGGGGCCAAGAACGGGGUGAACUUUCUGCAGUGUAAGAACAAGCUCGGGGGCUACACGCCACCCGUGGCGAGUUUCCUGGACAGAUCCUUCCUGCAGAGCAUCCCUCGGCGACACAUCUCCAACGGCCUCGGGGAAAUUUUAAAGAUGGCCCUCAUGAAACACAAAGGGCUGUUUGACCUGCUCAAGAACCAUGGAAAAUACCUACUGGAUACUAAGUUCCAGUCUUGCAACAGCUUUGUUCACCAAGGAGAUGCUGCACUGCAGACUACCAGGAUUGCCAUUGAGACCAUGCUGGAAGAGCUGGCUCCCAACCUCUGGGAGGAUGACCUGGACAGACUGGUUGAUUUUGGCCACCUUAUUAGCCCAGAGCUAGAAAUGAGGGUUCUGCCGUCGCUGAUGCACGGGGAAGCUGUGAACGUCGACAUGGCAUUCAUGACGUACGUGGCCCACGCGCGCGGGCUGCUGGGCGCCGAGGAGAAGGAGCAGAUCCUGCAGUGCAUGCGGGGCCUGGAGCUGCCGGUGUGGCACGGCGGCUGCAGCUGGGCCCUCAUCCAGAGAGCCCUGCGGGAGCGCCUCAAGCACAGCGGGGGACAGCUGAGGAUGCCCCUGCCCACCGGCCUCGGCGUGGCAGACAUAUUCAAUGACACCAGUGAAGAGACCCUGGAAAGAGCAUACAAGCUGUGGGUCAAGGACUGCAAGAUGGGGCUGGAAGAAGAGCUGCAAGCCCAAGAUGAUGGUCCUGCCCCAAGCCUGAGCUGUGUGCCACUGUAA